AUGGCUGCCCAACCCUCGGUGGCGAUACAGUCGGGAGAGCUGACUGAUCUGGUCUCUUCCUCAACAUCGGCGACCGUCUAUCCCUCAGACGACACCAUUCUCUCGGUUCUUCAAGCACGAUUUCGCGCAGACUUGCCCUACGCCCGGAUUGGGGCGUCCAACCUCGUUGUCGUCAACCCUUAUAAGUCCCUCGCAAAUGCUAACGACGCCAGUGCCAAAGAGUAUGAGGACCGGUCGUACAAGGACACGAGCUUACCGUUACCGGGCGGCCCACCGCCUCUGUCACCCCAUCUCUUCGAUCUCGCAGCGAGAGUCUACCUGCUCAUGCGGAGGAAAAAUGAGUCACAAUCAAUUGUUUUUCGGGGAAUCACGGCGUCUGGGAAAUCCUUCAGUUCGCAGUUAGUGACAAACCAACUCUUACGUCUGUCUUCCCGUUCGAAGAAGGAGGUUCGCCUCGCAGAACAAAUCAAAGCAAUUACACCGCUUCUCGAUUCAUUCGGAAACGCAAAGACACUCAUUAGCCCCAACGCAUCUCGACACGGUCGCUAUCUCGAAUUGCAUUUCAACGAUCGCGGACGUAUCAACGCGGCUAAAGUCCUCACCUACGGGCUCGACAAGUCGCGUCUGAGUAGGCUCUCAUUUGAGGAGAGAAGUUUCCAUGUCUUCUACCAGUUCCUCGCUGGCGCGACUCCUGAGGAACAAGAUCGUUUCAAUUUGGAAGAUGCUUCAGAAUAUGCCUUGCUAGCGUCGUCUGGUUGUUAUCGCCUCCCUGCCGGCCCCUUCAGUGACGACGCUAUGGCAAUGGACGAUUUGCGGGCGGCGAUGAAAACCCUUGGUUUUAAGCCCAAACAUCUAUCAGCCAUAUACAGCAUACUCGUGGCGAUUUUGCUGCUUAGCAACGUACAGUUCACCGAAUCGGAUGCGCGCGACGUCUCGGCUUCUAUCGCCAACCCACUCGUUCUCGACGAGGUGGCACGCCUACUGGGCGUUUCUCUCGACGACUUAAGCGAGACGCUCACGAAUAAAACAAGCUACGUCCGUAAAGAGCUUUACACAGUCAUGCUUAACGCCCAGCAAAGUGCCGCGCAGCGGGAUUCGCUCAUGCGUGACCUAUACGCCAUUUUAUUCGCUUUCGUUGUAGAGACCGCGAACCAUCGGAUCGCUCCGAAUCCCCAAGAGCCACCGCCAUCGACGCAAGUUGUCCUCAUGGAUCAGCCUGGCUUUCAAACCAAGGGCCCUCCUGGUUCGGCGUCUGUUUACUUUGGUGGUCCUGCCCCGCUGUUGUCGCCACACGGUCAAGCUGGUUUCGACGAAUUCUGUAUCAAUUUCGCCGACGAGUUGGUCCAUUCAUAUGUUCUUCGCAAUGCUUUCGAGGAUACGGUUGGGCUUAACGGGCAGCUUACGGGUGAUGGUGUCGCGCUGCCGUCGAUCACGGUCAUGGAUAAUGCGGCAUGUGUAGAGCUGCUUCGCGGUAGUCAGCUCAGCGAACGUGCUCAACGAAAGCCUGGAGGGGUUUUAGGUGUUAUAAACAAAGCAUGCUCGUCGUUCAAGUCGGGUAAGAGCGGGGAGAAGAAGGAUGAGGAGAUGUUGCAGGACCUCGUCGCGAAGUUUGGAUCCCAUGCAUCGUUCAUCGCAAGUCCGCCGGCUUCUACGGAAUCGCUCGUGUUCGGGGUCAACCACUUCUCCGGUCCAUGCUCGUACGACGCCCAUUCCUUCAUUGAGAGAGACUCCGAUAUCCUAGAUUCCGCGUUCGUGACACUCCUGCGCAAUUCGGCCGAUCCAUUCGUCGUCAAGCUGAUGUCCGGCCCCAGUCUUGCGACUGAGAGACACACGAAGGACGAGACCAUCAUCGUUCAGGCUCAGGUAUCUUCUCGCCCGUUGCGCCAACCAACACCCAUCUUGUCGAGUGAUGGCUCAUUGCCGUCUGAUGUCGAGGAACAUGCUCGCUUGGACGCGUCGAAAGUCUAUCCCAUAACUACUCAAAUCAAUUUCAACCUCUCCGAGAUCAUGGCUAACCUCGACAGGACGCGGCUCUGGACUGUUUCCUGCAUUCGUCCAAACGAUUCCAGCUCUUCGAACUCAUUUGACAAGCGAAGAGUUAAGGCCCAAAUUCGAGCGCUCCUCCUUCCUGAUCUUGUUGCGCGGAGGAAGUCUGACUUCCUGGUUGACUUUGGCCAAUCUGCCUUCUGCGACCGGUAUGUGCCUACGAUGCGGGGAUCUGAGGCGGAGCGGAUACGCCAAUGCGCGCAGGCAAACGGCUGGCAGGAGGGUGUCGACUAUGUUGUCGGGCACCGUUCGAUAUGGCUCACAUACGCUACUUGGAAAAUGGUCGAAGACGUACUCCGAGCCACCGAGAAGGAUCUUAGGAAGGGAUCUAGAGAGGGUGGUGAUGAUGAUGAGAGCGUUCUGCCUGACGACGCGACGGAAUAUACGCAGCCGGAACCUGCCUUUGCGACCCCUAGCGCGUAUUACGGUGCGGGGGGUAGCGACGAUAAUCUCCUGCUCACUCGGACAGGGACCAAUGGGACGCAAUACCGCGAUCCGAACAUGAAUGCUAGCUACGGCCAGGGCGGCCUGUCUACCCCUCAACUUCGUGAUGCACCAGGAUAUGGUGAUGCAGAUGCGGAGGUAUGGGAUUCUGAAUGGGACAAGAAAGCUGAUGGCUAUGGAGGUCCCCCGACCUUGGACGGCGGCAAGGAAGCUGGCGGCAUGAUCGUCAAGGAGGCACCCAACGCCGUUGAAGAAGUUCCCACAAGUCGAGCUCGUCGUUAUUGGCUGGUGAUAGUCUGGACGAUGACGUUCUGGAUCCCUUCGUUCCUUCUGCACAGCAUAGGACGCAUGAAGCGGCCAGAUGUUCGGCUCGCGUGGCGGGAAAAGGUCACCAUUUUUUCACUCAUCAUUCUUUUCAACGGCAUCAUUCUUUUUUACAUCAUCGUUUUUGGACUUCUCCUCUGCCCGGACUACAACAAAGUAUGGAAUAUUGACGAGCUGGCUGAUAAUACUGGCACCAAUGACUUUUAUGUUGGCAUCCAAGGCGUUGUCUAUGAUGUUUCCAGCUUCAUUCAGGGGGACCACAGCGACAUUUCGGCUGAACCCAGCAAUGGCGAAUCGACUCUGCAGUUGCUUGCGGGCCAAGACUUGACGUACUAUUUCCCCCCGCCUCUCACUCUCGCUUGUCCGGGUCUCGUUACUGAUGCCAAUAUCAAAAUUGCCGCCCCUCAAAACUUUUCGGACUUGGUACCAACGGCCAUGCAUACCUCUGGAAUUUUGCAGCCGAACACGCAAACUGCGCUCCGUCAGACUGAUUGGUACACGGCGACGUUCCUGCCCAAGAUCCGUCAGUAUACCAAGGGCGCGUUAGUUUACUCGAAGUCGGAUAUCGCCACUCAGGGUGCUGGCGGUGGUAACGGCGGAGGUCCAAAUCCAACAGACACGCAACGUAUAUGGGCUAUAUGGGAUUCUCAAGUAUACGAUCUAUCUUCAUAUGUGAACACUCUCGACACUGAGGACGGCGAAGCGCCGUACAAUUUCCUCGAUUCCAAUCUCGUUGCGUUAUGGAAUCAACAACCUGGUCAAGAUAUUUCGGGCGAGAUUGAGGGUGUAUUGGCAACUAUGAACGAGACGUAUCGCAAUGAUAACGUCAACUGUAUCAAGAACCUGUUCUAUUGGGGCGAAGUUGAUUUCCGCGACACUCCUCGCUGCCAGGUACAGAAUAUAAUGCUCCUGGUUUUCUCGUGUAUCAUCAUGUCUUCGAUGGGCUUGAAAUUUUUGGCUGCAUUACAGCUGGCGCCGUCAGGCACUCCCGAAAUGCUGGACAAGUUCGUCCUAUGCCAAGUUCCCUGUUAUACGGAAGGCGAGGAAUCUCUCCGACGUACUCUCGAUUCGCUGGCGGCCCUCGACUAUGACGACAAACGGAAGCUAAUGUUUAUCAUCUGCGACGGCAACAUCAUAGGUACCGGUAACGAUCGCACGACGCCUCGUAUCGUCCUCGACAUUCUUGGUAUCGAUCCCAAGCUCGAUCCGGAGCCGCUGUUAUUCAAGUCUGUUGGUGAGGGUUCAAAGGCGCUGAAUUACGGGAAAGUAUACUCGGGCUUGUACGAGUAUCAAGGACAUGUUGUUCCGUAUAUUGUCGUUGUAAAGGUCGGCAAGCCCACUGAACGCACGAAGCCUGGUAACCGUGGAAAACGAGAUAGUCAAAUCCUGGUCAUGCAGUAUCUGAAUCGGGUCCACUUCGAUUCGCCGAUGAGCCCGCUGGAGCUGGAAAUAUAUCAUCAAAUGCGAAACGUCAUUGGUAUUGACCCCGCGUUCUAUGAGUACAUUUUCACUGUUGAUGCCGAUACUGCUGUCACUCCCGGCUCGUUGAACCGAUUGGUCGCCGCCGCCGCCGACGAUUCUAGUAUCAUCGGAAUAUGUGGUGAGACGAAACUGGAUAAUGAGGAGGGAUCGUGGUGGACGAUGAUCCAGGUAUAUGAAUACUACAUGUCUCAUCACAUGGCCAAGGCAUUCGAGAGUUUGUUUGGAUCAGUUUCUUGUCUUCCAGGUUGUUUCUCGAUGUAUCGCAUUCGCACUGCAGACAAGGGUCGCCCUAUCAUCAUUUCAAAUCGAGUCAUUGAGGAGUAUUCGGAUCCCAACGUCGACACUCUACACAAGAAGAACUUGUUCUCGCUCGGCGAAGAUCGAUUCUUGACGACCCUCUUGCUCAAGCACUUCCCUACGUACAGGACCAAGUUUACGCCUACCGCCGUAGCGCGCACAAUUGCGCCUGAAUCCUGGCGCGUUCUGUUCUCUCAGCGACGUCGGUGGAUCAACUCAACAGUGCACAAUCUGUGUGAGCUUGCGUUUUUGCCGGAGCUGAUGGGUUUCUGCUGCUUCUCGAUGCGAUUCUUCAUCUUCAUUGACCUUUUGGGAACCUUGAUUCUGCCUGCCACCGUGGUCUACUUGUUCUAUCUGAUCAUCACUGUCGCAACGGGCAAAGCUGCCUUCCCUCUGAUCUCAAUUAUCAUGAUAGCUGUUGUGUAUGGACUUCAGGCCAUCAUCUUCUUGAUCAAACGAGAAUUCAUGUUGAUUGGAUGGAUGGUCGUGUACAUCCUCUCAUAUCCGGUGUACAGCUUUUUCCUGCCCAUCUAUUCAUUCUGGUGCAUGGAUGACUUCAGCUGGGGUAACACUCGCUUAGUCGUUGGCGAAGGCAAUAACAAGAAAGUUAUCAUGAACGACGACGAGAAGUUUGAUGACUCUAUGAUCCCGCUGAAGAAAUUUAGUGAAUAUGAGGCUGAAGCAUGGGAGACCGGUUCACACCGUUCUGAGGAUACUGGUUAUGACAGCAAACCACGAUCGCAAAUUGUCAGGUCUCAAGUUCCUUCGCGAUCGCAAUCCCCAAGUUUCCAUCCUGCAUCACAAGCUGGCGACUAUUAUAGGGACGGCAAUCCGCUGGGGCAUCAAAGCUCAAACUCAAAUCUGCGCGGCAGAGGAUCCCAAACAAAUCUCUCUCAAUAUGGAGGACAGCCGAUCAUGUCGCAGUACAACCUGCCUCACUUACCAUUCAUGCCUACUGGCGGCCCCGGGUCUGUGAUAGGGUCUGACUACGCUCACAUGACGAUGCCUGGACCGAUGGCGUACCAGCAGACGGCGAGCAUGUAUGGCAUGAUGCCCAAUGCCCCUCGCAACACGAUCAUGACUAAUCUGAACAUGUUCGGGGGAGACGGUGAAGCCAGCGGGUCGCAGGCCGGAUUUGCGCCGCCGAUGAUGCAACGGCCAAUGUCAACCUUCUCCCUUGCGACAUCAGUGAAUCCGUUUGCUGGGCCGAGCAUGAAUCCAGACCCGAGUAACGAGGAUCUUGUCAACGCGCUUCGGAAUUAUCUGAGUACUCAAGACCUCAUGGCUGUGACGAAGAAGACGGCUAGGGAAGCGAUACAGACCCGAUUCCCCAAGGCGGAUCUCUCGAGCAGGAAGCAGUUCUUGAACGAUUCAAUUGACCAGAUUCUCUCUCAGUCGUAG